AUGUCGUGGAAGCUGACCAAGAAACUCAAAGAUACGCAUCUCGGCCCGCUGAGCGCGUUUUCCCGGUCGCCGUCGACUUCCACCAUCACCGACAAAGAUGAAAAGGGGACGAGCCCAGGCGCCACCACGCCGACUAGCGAGAGCGCUACUGGCGCCUCAGAAGCCUUGUCGCAAGCGCCCGUCAUUAAGAAGCCCGGUAUCUUGGUCGUUACCAUCCACGAAGGCAAGGGCUUCUCCCUUCCCGAGGAACACCGAGGCGCUUUUGGAUCCAGCCACCAGAGCUCCCGCUCUUCGGGCAGCGCCUUGGGCUCUUCUGUCCGUCCAGACUCUCAGCGCGUUGCUGGGUCAUACUCAAACGGAGCGAGACCGCACUCUUCUGGCGGCGGAUUCGGCUCGAUUCCCACUAACCAUGGGCGCAUUUCCGGUAAAUACAUGCCCUAUGCGCUGAUCGAUUUCGACAAGGUGCAGGUGUUUGUCAAUUCGGUCGAAGGAAACCCCGAGAACCCUCUGUGGGCAGGUUCAAAUACCCAAUACAAGUUUGACGUUUCCAGAGUGACGGAGCUGGUCAUCCAUCUGUACAUGCGGAACCCUGCUGCCCCUCCCGGGUCUGGACGAAGCCAGGACAUCUUCCUGGGCGUGGCGCGGAUAAACCCACGCUUCGAGGAGAGGCAACAUGUGGCCGAGGACUCCAAGGCAAGCAAGAAAGAUCGCGAAAAGGCAGCCGAUGCUCAGCGCCAAAAGGGCGAAGGCCAUGCCGGCGUCGACUGGGUCGACAUCCAGUACGGCACGGGCAAGAUCAAGGUUGGCGUCGAGUUUGUCGAGACACGAGCUGGAAAGCUCAAGAUUGAAGACUUUGAACUGCUAAAGGUUGUAGGCAAGGGCAGCUUUGGCAAGGUGAUGCAGGUACGCAAGAAGGACACCAGCCGAAUCUACGCGUUGAAGACGAUUCGAAAAGCGCACAUCAUUUCCCGAUCGGAAGUUGCCCAUACGUUGGCCGAACGGUCUGUGCUGGCGCAGAUCAACAAUCCCUUCAUCGUCCCCCUCAAGUUUAGCUUCCAAUCGCCCGAGAAGCUGUAUUUCGUCCUGGCCUUUGUCAAUGGAGGAGAACUCUUCCACCACCUGCAAAAAGAACACCGGUUCGACGUCAAUAGGUCGAGGUUCUACACGGCCGAGCUUCUCUGCGCCUUGGAAUGCUUGCAUGGUUUUAGCGUCAUCUACCGAGAUCUCAAGCCGGAGAACAUCUUGCUCGACUAUCAAGGUCACAUUGCACUGUGCGAUUUUGGCCUGUGCAAGCUGGACAUGAAGGACGAAGACCGGACCAACACGUUUUGCGGCACGCCCGAGUAUCUCGCUCCUGAACUUUUGUUGGGCCAAGGAUACAACAAGACAGUCGACUGGUGGACUUUGGGUGUUUUGCUCUACGAAAUGUUGACGGGGCUUCCUCCGUUCUAUGAUGAGAAUACAAACGAGAUGUACAGAAAGAUUCUGUCAGAUCCUUUGAAUUUCCCUCCUGGCGACGUGGUGCCUCCGGCUGCCAGAGACCUUUUGACCAGCCUGCUCAACAGAGAUCCGAAGAAGCGGCUUGGCGCUAAUGGCUCAUCCGAGAUCAAAGCUCAUCCGUUUUUCCAUGGCAUUGACUGGCACAAACUCUUGCAGCGUAAAUAUGAGCCUACGUUUAAGCCCAGCGUGACGGAUGCCAUGGACACGGCCAAUUUCGACCAGGAGUUUACCAGUGAGGCUCCCCAGGAUUCGUACGUGGACGGCCCGCUGCUGUCACAGACGAUGCAGGAUCAGUUCCAAGGAUUCAGCUACAACCGCCCCAUUGCAGGCCUCGGGGAUGCCGGCGGCAGUCUUAGAGAUCCGUCGUUUGUGGGCAGCCUCAACAACCCCUAA